GCUAGGUGUAAGGCUGUCAGGAGCUGGGACAGGGGGCUUCGCCAGCGUUUUUUCCGAAGGAGAGUUUUUCCUCCUGGUACACCCAGACACACAAGAAAGCAAACGGAUAGUUGUUUUUCCCAUCUGCCCAGGAACCCCUGAGGUAGGUGCCGAUAUAAUCUAAUGCUGCUUUGAGAGCCCGUUAGCGCCGAUCGGAGGCCGACAGGGCGAGUGCACUCGACUACGCGUCACUGAUCGACGAGGAUGUUGGCCGCACACGGACGCGUACUAGCCAGGCGUGCCUGUGGGCACGCGCAGACUCAGCAAGUCCGCAACACCGGGAUCAUGGCGAAUUUGGGCAGAUGUAAGUCGAAUUCCAUUUUGUUUUUGUGUGUUUCUACUCCUGCCCUUAGCGCAGUUCACGUUCAUGAUCUUGGGGAUCGAUCCAUGUACGAAUAAGAUUGAAAGGUGGAAAUAAGAACGCUCACUGCGACUUUUGCUUUGCGCUACCGAUUGCAUUUCAGAUAUGGGGGAGAGCAACUACACCGACUACUACAACAACUAUUUCGAUCGCACCCACAUUCACAACCGGCCGGAAACGUUUCAAAUUUUGGACAACCACGUCAUGCCCCAGGGUGUCCCCAUCGACGAGACCGCACCGAACCUGGAGCAGUGGCGCAAGCAGCUCGAGGCGGAGGGAAAGCAAGACCCCUUCUGGUGGAUGAGCGCGGAGGAGCGCUGCGAGUUUAUGGACAACACCCGCGAGUAUUGUCCCACCCACGCACUCCCGCACGAUUGCCGAUACAGUGCGGACGUCACGUACGCAAAAUUUUUUAAUGAUAAAUAUUCUUGCGUAUUGCAGAUAGUUUUUCGGCAGAAAUGAAUAGAAGGAAGGGCAAAAUUCAUGCUGUAGUCGACCAAAGUAAAUUAGAUUUACAAAACCUUAUGAACACAACGCUCGACACGCAGGCUGCUCUCUGACUUGUAGAGAAAAACAAGAAUGAAAUGAAGCAUCCCAUGAACUACCCGUCAGUGGUUUCUACGGUCGGUCCGGUGGUGACGUGACCUCUCCGGGAGCACGGUUUUUGCUGGCAAUCAAGCCCUGGGCGGAGAUGAAGUGGUUUGCGUGGAUCCCGCUUGUGUUCGGGAACAACAAAAUCAGUAUGUUCGGACGGUGGACGGGGUGGCAGCUGCUCAUCCUGUCCUACGGCAUGGUUCAGAUGUAUGUGAUGAUUAUCUGGCCCCGGGAGGGCCGCGAGCGCGAGAAGAAGUUCUAUUUUUCUCGAGUGAACAAGAGUUACAAGCAGGGCGUCAACUAUGAUCAGAAAGUCGCCACGCACAGGGAAUAGUGUGUGUUGUGGUGCACAGCAAGAAAUCAACACGCUGGAUCGAGGGUACGUGCGCGAAUCGCUGCAACAAAGGCUAGUGCUUUAUUCGCUUUCUCCUCCGGUGUUGUAAGUAUGUGUACCGGCUCUUGUCGCCUGUAAUUUCGACGGUAAGAGCGAAUUGCUACUGGGUAUUUUAUGUAGUGUCAUUGAACAACGAGAAGGGGAAAGACUUCACAUGUACCUUCGUGUACACAAUCCAUUUGUCGAAGGCAGAAGGCAUCUUCAGCAAAAUGACGACGCUGAGGAUGUAGAAUGGAUGAAGAAGCUGAAGCGCGCUGCAGCGGGCCUCCACUCACAGAUUCGAACUUCAAGCACGGGAGGUUUAUUCCGAUCUUGUUCAGUCACAGGUACGGACAGUGUUCCGAAGACUAAGCGCGUUGUCCACAGAAAGCUGACGACAACUGUAAGCAGGUCAACGCCAAAAACCCAUUGCAAGGCAACAUUAUAGCCACCUGCUUUAGCAGCAUAUUUGCGCACUAUCACUCACUCUGAGUCGCAUUUGUAUCUACUGCCCGCUAUUACCCGUAGCAGAUUCCUACUAAUCUGUGGUGUCUUCAACAUCUGCAGCCAUCGACGCCUGCAUCGGCUGAAGUUUCAAAUUAUCUGGUAACCAAAUGCGUGCGCGCGCGCGCGCAGAGCGCGCGCCGGCCCACGAAGCCGGCGCGCGCGCUCUGCGCGCUUGCGAUAUUGCUUAGCAAACGCAGCGCGAAGGCAGUUGCCGUUACCAUAUAGGGCAACCGCCGGGAGGCGUGAAGGUCAGGGAAAUGGCCAGAAAUGAAGCGGGGGAAGGGAAAAAAAGCGGACCAGAUGGGAAAAUGGCCAGGAGGGCAAAAAUGUCGCAAAAACGGCAGAAACCAAGCGGGAGAAGGUGGAAAAAGAGCAUUUUUGCGAUUUGGCCCACUUGAUAUCUGAAAAAGAGACGGACUGUUUUUUGCUCCGCCCGCUGGGCAGCUGCGUUGGAGCAGCAGGUCCGCGACCUGUUCGGAAGCCUUGGGCCGCUUCGUAACUGGAAAAAGUUGGAAAAAAAUGGCAAAAAUUUGCUUCAUAACGUGGGUGGAAGCAAUCGUCGGAUUUUGUCCAGAUCACCCGGGCCACUUGGAAAAUGAAAAAAGAUGAAAAAUUGCGCAAAAACGCAAUCCCUCCGCAGGCUUCAAAACUGCCAGUCAGAUGCGGGCGGUGAAAAUGUGCAGAUCGCCCGGGCCACUUGGAAAAUGAAAAAAGAUGAAAAAUUGCGCAAAAGCGCAAUCCCUCCGCAGGCUUCAAAACUGCCAGUCAGAUGCGGGCGGUGAAAAUGUGCAGAUCGCCCGGGCCACUUGGAAAAUGAAAAAAGAUGAAAAAUUGCGCAAAAGCGCAAUCCCUCCGCAGGCUUGAAAACUGCCAGUCAUCUGUGGGCGGUGAAAAUGUGCAGAGCCCUUCGGCCACCUAGAAACUUGAAAAAAAAGCAAAAAUAGGCGAAAGUCGAGAACCCUCGGCAGGCUUAGAAACUGGCCACCAAGGGCGGUCCGGCGGGCGCGCGCUUGCGCCAUACCAUCGCGAUUUGGGAAAAAAAGUCGGACUAGAAGCGGGCGGAGGCAUGUCCCAAAGUCCGCAUUUGGUCUGGGUUGUGGGCACAAAUUCGGCACCUCCGCCGCGUCUGAAAUGCCCGAAUUUGGUUGCUCGGAAGGGUUUCCGGAUUUUCGGCUUUCCACAUACCUUCCGGGCCAGGUGGCCAGUUUGUCAUGCAGGGGGCUAGAAAGGAUGGCCCGCUGCGGAGGUGGAGGGGGGGGGUCCGGGGGGGGCUAGCCCCCCUUGGCCACAUACCUUCCGGGCCAGGUGGCCAGUUUGUCAUGCAGGGGGCUAGAAAAGAUGCCCCGCUGCGAAAUAGCAGACCGGAUAUCGCCUUCAAUGCUUAUCGCAGGAGCCUGCGGGCCGCCGCGGGCGACAGUAGCUGUCCGCGGCCCUUUAGGGCCCUGCGGGCCGCGGGCCGCGCUCUCGCCGCGCGGCUGGUUUGGCUUUCGCGCUGGUUAGAUUUUCGCGCACGCAUUUGGUUACCAAUAUCGCCCUCCGGGCGCGAUCUUCAUACGAUUACGACCUUGAUUGUAUCUGCGAAACGGAGA